CUACGAAACCAAAACCUUCAAAGUUUUCUAAUCCUGUUAUAUCGCCUGUACAGAGAAUGGACGUUGAAGUAGACUCUUCGUCGUCGGCUGUUGCCGCUUCUGCAGUUAUUUCGGCAAUGGUGCCGCCGAAAAGACCCAUUCAUGCUUCUGGGACUCGUGGCGCAAAUUCAUCUGUACCUGCACCUGUUUUAAGAUCUCGUGUAUCUGCUCCUUCAAUAUCUUCGAAAAGUUCUGCCAAUACGAAUGCAACCUUGCAAAAAUAUUCAAGUCUCACAAAACUUCAACCACAACAGCCUCUUCAACGAAAAAUGUCGGGUGAUAAUAAUCUUAAUAGCAGCAGUAAUAAUAUACUGACCGAGACACGUAGAAAAGUUAAUAUGUCAGAAAAUACAGGGAUUGAUGAGAUACGUAGAAAUGGGAUUGAUGAGACACGUAGAAAUGGGAUUGAUGAGUCGCGUUUAGAGUAUGAUGUUUUAAAAGCGAGAUUUCAACCUGUUGCUUUGUCAGAUGAUACGCCUCCUCCAUUACCAAAGAAGCGAUCAAAUCGUAAUAAUUUAAUAUUAUCUUCCGCAUUAAUGAAUGAUGUUUCUGCAUCAUUAUUACCACGGAACCAAAUAAUUGUACCUUCAACAUUUUCAUCAUCCUCAUAUCAGAAUAAUGCUAUUCCUAGUGUAAAUUCGCGUAAUAUAAUAACGAAACCAAAUAGUUCUGCGUACACAAGAUCUUCACCAUCAAUAACACCCUCUACUGAAAAAUCAGAUCCAUUUACUGGAGACGAAGUAGACGAUGAUGAUGGUUAUGACCUCGGUGGGAAUAGUAAAGAUUGGGUCGAUGUUACUGAUUAUAGCUACGAAGAAGAUUUAAAUCCGGGAUUUAAUGGGAAAUCCAAUAAAUCUUCUUCACAAUCUGGUUCCAAAAUGAAAUCAACAUCAAAAUUAAAUCCUACGCGAUGGGGUAGAAGCAUGUCAACCGGAAAUGCACAAUCAUCGAAAAAAAAUAAUUACUCUAAUUCUGAUUCCAGUUCGUCUAUCGAGGAAAAAAUUUAUCAUAAUCAUAGUCAUAUUUCCGUGUCAACAUCACCACCGCCACAAAAUCUUGACGUGGAUUCUUCUUCAUCUUCCGAAAGUAUAGAUAUGAAAUAUACAAAACCACUUCCUCCAGUGCGGCCUUUAGCUAGAAAUAAUACUACUGGAGCAAUAAAUAAUAAUGCCGGCGCAAUAAAUCAGCAUCAAAGACGAUCGUACAGCGAGUUCUCAGAGUAUAGCAUGGAAACAUCGUCAUCGUCAAUAACAUUUGUUGAAGAAGAUGAACAAACACGAGAGUUAAAGCGAAGGAGAAAAUUAUGGAAUUCUAUUAAGGAAUUAGUAGACACGGAAAAAGUUUAUCUGGCUGAUAUGAAACUAUUAGAAACGGUGUAUUAUAAGCAAGCAAAGGAAAUUCCUAUAUUCAAUCAGUACGAUUUGAAAACUAUAUUUAAUAAUUUACUAGAAGUCAUAGACUUUUCUUCAACAUUUUUGGAGUUGUUGUAUGUCGCUAGCGGCAUUGAAAAUCUUGAAACGGAUGAUGUCGAAAAGCUUACAGAAGAUGAAAAUGAUAAAACGACAAUAGGGGAAGCAUUUUUAUCUAUGCUACGUGGUACAAAGACGGCUGAAAAUUCUAAUCGAAUGGAGGAAGUGUAUGGAGAAUAUUGUAAACGGCAUGAAGCGUCGGUAGCCAAACUACAAGACUAUGAACAUGACGAAGAUGUGCAAAGUUUUCUCCAGAAUUGUAAAGAGAAAUGCGAGGGUCAAACGCGAAGUUGGGAUAUAUCCAGCUUGUUAAUUAAACCGGUGCAACGCGUACUUAAAUAUCCAUUAUUAUUACAGCAAAUUUUAUCACUGACGAAACCCACUCAUCCAGACUUUAAAGACUUGAAAGACGCGUUCAACGAGGUUACUACGGUCGCCGAAAGAAUUAAUGAAAUUAAAAGACGGAAGGAUAUCGUUGAAAAAAUUGUCGGAAGUAAGAAGAAAACAGAUGCAGAUACAUGGGAUAACAAAAUCAUUAACAAGGCGCGCUCAGACACCACCGAAGACCAAUUUUAUGACGAAUGUGUAAAGAAAUUCAAAAGAUGGGAAAGACAAGGAAGUCAACUUCAUAAAGAUAUCCAAGAUUGGGUGAAAAGCGUAAGGCUAUUCUUUGCCAAGCAAGAAGAAUUUGCCACUUCGUUUUGUGAAUUUUAUGAUUUUCACAAUUUAGAUGAUGAACGAAAAAAACGGUCAGUUGAGUACCAAAAAAUUGUGGCCGGACUUGCUUCGUCAUGCGGAAAAGAGAUGGAAGAAGCAAUUAAGAAAACGAUAUACCCACAAAUUGAAUCAUAUAUGGAGAGGUUUAAAGCGCCAGCUGCAGUUAUGAGAAAGCGCGAUAGAAAAAUUUUGGAUUAUGACCGAGCAAAGGCGAUUAAAGCGCGGGGCGAUACACCGGACAAAACCUUACAACAAUCAGCAGCAGCAUUCGAAUCAAUACGGGACCAACUUAAAGAGGAAUUGCCGAAAUUUUUCGAGCUCAUAGGAAGAUACUUUGACAUAAUCGUGCGCGAAUUUGCCAAAAUACAAGGACGAUUUUAUCGACAAAUGUGCAUGGAAUUUGCCCAGUUUUACUAUAAAUAUGUCGAGUACGAGGCAGUAGAAUAUGUAUCGGAUGAUCGGAAGUUGGUUUUGCGUGAUAUAGAUAUUCAAACAGAAUAUAUGGUUUCUUUCUUGAAUAUGGAAGACAAGUUAAGGAAGUUCGUGUUGAUUAAGAAUCAUGAUGCAACAGACCCGAAUCCUAAAACAUCUAAAGCAGGACCAAAAAAAAAUUCGAGUAAUAGACGUGUAAGAAGUUCGAGCUUUUCAGAUUCUCUCACGACACAGGAUUCUGAGUCAUCAAGGCGCCCAGGUAAAACCUUGAUUCGGUCAGUGUCACAGGAUACUCAUUUAACCGUUAAAUUUGAAGAACACUCACUAUCGCCUCCACAACGAAUGUCAUACCAUUCUAGUUCAUCAUUAUCUGAUGAUAUAAGAAAUUCUUGGAAUGUUGAUGGAAUUUCUCCGUUUCUUGAUGAUGGGUCAUUCAACGUUAGCGCUGAACACAUUUAUGACGAACCAGAGCGAAUGAAUGGGCACCGGAAAUAUGCAACCGAUAGUGCAUUAACAUCACUACGUCAUACCUCUCAAUCAACAAUAGUCGCUGAAGAUGAAGAUUAUGAAUUCGCUGGCAAAGAAAACAUUAAUCUUAGAUAUGAAGACUAUGCAUUCAUUGGUAAAGAUAACACCAUUAUCAUAACCACGACCGACAAUACUGUCGAGGAUGAAGACGAAGACGACGAAGAUGAAGUGUUUCAUGACACGCGAACUGGUGAAGAGGAGGAAACAAACGGCGAGGAAGAGGGAAAAAACAUCGACAAAGUUUUGUUUUUGUGCACGACACGGAAUCGAUUUAAAUCAAAAGAUUCACACAGAUUGUCGUAUGAUGCUGGGGGGCUACUUCAAGUGAUUCAUGUGCACGAAGAUAAAAAAAAUCCUUGGUGGUUUUGCAUUAAUGCGGAUACUCGCGAGCGAGGAUGGGUUAAUCCUGCUUUUUGUAAGAGAUUGGACAAUGAUUGA